AUGGAGAACGAAACGGUCAACGUUCGAUACAGCAACAGCCAACGCGAGGCUCGUCGGCAUAGAAAUCCUCAUCGUGCCCCCCAAAACUACGCACCUAGACAUUCUCUUUCCCAGCAUUCGACCAACAACUCUUAUACUCCGCGACGCAAUUCUCAUGUCCCCCAACAGCAGCAGCACACACCAAACCCUCCAGCCUCUCCGGAGCGAGAUUACGACCCCGAGAGCAACAGCAGUCCAAUUAUCGAUCCCAAUGCUCGACCGAAGGUGAGAGACCACUUCGUGGCAGCGAGCGGCGAAUUUGUUGGUACAUUUAUGUUUCUUUUUUUCGGGUUCGCAAUCCACAUCAUGUCCAGUACACGAGCUUUAGAAACCGUGGGCACAGACGCUGGCGCCAACUCGCAGACUGUGGUUUUUAUAUCACUUGGUUAUGGAUUCAGUCUUUUGGUCUGCGCAUGGGUAUGGUAUCGAAUCUCCGGUGGUCUAUUCAAUCCUGCGAUAACCCUCGGUCUCGUGCUUUCCGGUGGUCUCCCCUGGGCACGUGGUCUUAUUCUGUUCCCAGCUCAAAUCCUCGGUGCCGUCUCUGCAGCCGCUGUCGUGAGCGUCAUGUUCCCACCUUCAAUCUCGAUGGUCAACACCUUGUUGGCACCAGGGACCAGUAUCGCCCAAGGAUUGUUCAUGGAAAUGUUCUUAACAUGUCUAUUGAUGAUUACGGUUCUAAUGCUUGCUUCUGAGAAAAGUAAAGAUACUUUCCUAGCACCUGUGGGAAUUGGAUUAUCUUUGUUUGUUGCUGAGCUCGCUGGCGUUUACUACACAGGUGGAUCUCUCAACCCAGCUAGGAGCUUUGGACCCGCCGUCGCAUCUACGAGCUUUCCAGGCUACCAUUGGAUAUACUGGUUGGGCCCAGCUCUGGGUGCUGUCAUUACGUCUGGAUAUUUCAGGUUCAUCAAGUGGCUCAAUUAUGAAGAAGCAAAUCCAGGCCAGGAUUCGGCGGGGGAACCACACCACCAUCAUCGUCCAAGAUUUCACAGGCACAAACAAUAG